AUGAACAUGGACUCAGAAGACGGGGAGUUGUUCAUCAAGCAACUAGCCACAUUUGUGCGCACCCACGAGAAGGCAUUGGCCAACGCCCUGCAGCUGCGAAAACAGAACGCCCCGCGACAUGGUGCUUCGCACAGCGUCUCCUCGGUCACCCCCAAUGGCCUCACAUCACCCACCGUCCCAGAGAGGCCAGCCACGUCGGGUGCUUCCGCAUCUAAUGGCCUUGCCUCCGCACUGUCCUUCGGCUCCCUGAACUUCACGUCACAGUCCGCCAAGUCUGCGAAGCUCGCCCUGACGCCCCACCACCUUUUCUACCUGCUGUCGCGGUUUGAAGAACUGGCCAUACCCGUCGGCCCCAUGAAGGUCCGCCUAGAGAAUCUACACGACACGACUUCGUCAGCAAAUUACGUCUCCUUCCUCAGCCAAACGCAGAGGUCCAAGACCGGCGCCUCGGAAGUUGGCUCUAUACGAUCAGUGUCCAGCAUGCGGAGCGUAAUGUCGGGCAUGUCUGCACUCUGGUCCAACUUUGGCAUCGGAAACAACAUAUCUGCCGCCCGUGGAGAGAAGCAAAAGGCUGCUCUGCAGGCAGACCUCAAAUAUCUCUACUCGGCCUUCACCAAAAUCCCGUGCCUCCGACUAGCACCAGACUGGCGGGCAAGGCUCAUCAAGGGGUAUGAGGAAUUCCCCUUCGAUUCGGCAGUUCCACUUUACGUGUUCAAAAAUUGCCAGGCAUUGGAAGUCUGCGAUAUCGAUUUCCGACAAUUUUUUGGCUGGGAUCGCAUGGCGGACCAGUUGAGGUCCCUCACCCUCAAGAGGGCAAGCAUCGAAAAUCCCGCCGAUUUGCUCAUCGACAUCGUCCUGGACGAUAUGGACAAGAGGAGACGGCGGACAUCAAAGCAACAGAGGUCGCCGACAACGCCAUGGCCCGGCAACUCGAGCCCACGGAGGAGUAUGACAUUUGCGACCCCGGCCGAGCUUCAGAAGUCUACCUCGGCCCCAGGCUCCCCCGGCUCACGACCUGCGUUGCUCAAUCUCGGCUCUGUGGGAAGUGAAGCCGCUGUUGACGACGACAACGCGGCUCGGUAUGCCAGACGGAAGUCUGUCGCUGUCGCAACUAUUGAACCGCCACGAUCACCCACCAAGACGUCGUCCAGGCCCAGAAGUCACUCGCCAAGAAGACCUGCCAGCUCACGACACGGCUCUCAGCACAUCCGCGGCUCCCACAAAGUCCAACGGUCGGGUUCUGGCAGCUCGCAGUCGAGCCUGUCUGAUUCGUGGUAUCCAGCUAGAGGCAGCAUGAGUAACUUUCCCACCACAACCGUGCUGCCUUCGUCAAAAUGGCGCUUCUUGAGGCACCUUAGUCUUGCCGAGAACUCCCUGACCUCGAUAUCGGCAGCGAGCUUUAUGCCAUUGGCAAAUACUCUGUACUCCUUGGACCUGUCCAACAACCUCUUCAAGGAGAUUCCCGACAGUCUAGCCACACUUACGGCGCUCCGUGCCCUCAAUCUCUCAAAGUGUAUGAUUGAAUCUCUGCACUCGCUCACUCGGAACCCACUGCCAGCCAUUACUGCUCUGAAUCUUCGAGAAAACCGCCUGGAGUCGCUGGCUGGUAUUGAGAGGCUGUACCCUCUGGAGCGACUGGACCUCCGGGACAACGGCCUGAAAGAUCCAGUGGAGCUUGCGCGUCUGACAAACAUCCCCGAUAUACGCGAGAUCUGGGUCGAAGGAAACCCAUUCACAAAGACUCACAAAGACUACCGAAUCACGAUCUUCAACCUAUUCCGCCAGUCGCCUGGAUACACCGAGGAUAUCUUGAUCGAUACGGCCGGCCCCACAUCUUCAGAAAAGAGAUAUCUGGUUGAGCGUACCAAGGAGCCUCUCCCUGUACCUGUGAUUAGACCUCCAGUGCCAGAGAUCAAGGCUGUGGACGUGAGCAAGCCUACCAUUGUGUACGAUGCACCUCCCAAGUCAACGGUCUUGCGCAAAGAGCGUCCAUCCCCCAAGACGGUUGCCAGCGAGGUGAACACGAGCUCGACACGAAGGCCGCGUCGAGCACCAAAGCGACGAAUUGUGGAUCUUGCCGACACCAAGCCACUUCCACCUCGGCCGGUACUGGAAGAAGAAGAAGCUCCACCGGCCAUUGUAUCCCCUGAUUUUAAUUACCGAAUCUCACAAACACCUGAAAUCCAUCAACUCAGUCCCACGCCCGAAGCGAAUCGUGGCGUUGCGACACGGGUCAUUCCUCGCAUUGAUACCUCAACGAUACCCAAGCUGCCCCCUGUGGUCCCUGCUCAGGACAUUGGAACUCCAACAUCAUGGGCCGAACCUGAUAGAUGGGAUGCGGGUGGCGAGCUGUACCGGCGCAAGAUCGACACGCUGCGCAGUAACGUCGUCGAUGGGUAUCUGGGCGCCCUCAGCGAAGAGCGCUGGGAUACCGGUGGCACUACACAUUUUACAGAGUCACCUUUCGGUCACUCUAACUCAUCAAUACACCCGAACUCGGCUGCUCCGACCCUCCACCGUGGGAAUACCGAACUAUCGUCUGUUGCCAUCUAA